AGUUGCAGGAGGAGCAUCUUUAGGGAUCUCUACGACUGCUGGCUUCUCACUGCUACUUAAUAUGCCUUGUUAGGUUUGAACUGAGGAGCAGUUAAUCAUAAUGGGGUUUCUAAUCACACUGGGCAUGACACUUCUGUUGGUAAUGAACGCCAAAUCAAACACCAUUGAUCCCUGCAAUAAAUACACUUCACUGGAUCAACCCUGGAGAGCCAAUAAUGAGACUGGACUGAACAUCUGUGACAGAGAUUUUAGCUGGAACGGCUGGUACCGAUUGUUCUACUAUGGGAUGAACAUUCGUUUGUCUGAGAGCUGUGUUCCUGCAUACAGAUGUGGUGCCUAUUACACUCUGUGGCUCAACGGUCCUCAUCCUCAGAUAAAGGAUGGAGUGGUCACUCGUCAGGCCUGUGUAAAUUCGCAGGGUGACUGCUGUUUCUUUGGUUCCACCUCAAUUAAUGUAAAGACUUGUCCAGGAAACUACUCUGUGUACAAGCUUGUCAGGCCAAGCUACUGCCCUACGGCUUACUGCACAGAUGUCAGCACCAUAACCCCAAAUCCUGCCACAGCAGCUUCAGAAUCCAACACAAGCAUGACUACCACUCCAACCAACUACAGCUUUGAUCCCUGUAAAAACUACAGAGUUAUUAAUGACUACUGGAGAAACACACGCAGUACUGACACUAACUCCCGAGGUCAUGAUGACACUGUUGUUGAAUGGAAGGGCUGGUACAGACUGUACAUUGAGGGCAAAAGUGCUCAGCUUGCUGAAACUCUCUGGUGUAAGAGUUACACAACAUGUGGUGGUUACACUACACUUUGGCUUGGUGGCUCUCAUCCGCGACUAGAGGAUGGCAUCAUCACCCAAGAAAUCUACAAAUCUGACAACUAUUAUUGGUGGUACUAUAACCAAUGCAGUUUCACUAGAUCCAGCUCAGUCCAAGUGAAAGCAUGUCCAGGAGAUUACUAUGUCUACAAACUUGUCAGGCCAGAUGUAUCAGCCCCAAUGCCAACAUACUGUGCAGUUGGUUUUAACAGCCUCACAGAUGAUCCAUGUCACAACUAUGUCUCACUGGAUCAACCCUGGAGAGCCAAUAAUGAGAGUGGAUUAAACAUUUGUGACAGUGACUUCAAAUGGAACGGCUGGUACCGGCUGUUCUAUUAUGGGAUGAACAUCCAUAUGCCAGAGAGCUGUGUAGAUGUGAACAGAUGUGGUACUUAUUACGGUCUGUGGCUCAAUGGUACUCAUCCUCGGAUAGAGGAUGGAGUGGUCACUCGCCAGGUCUGUGCAAAUGCAGGAUAUGACUGCUGUUACUUUAGAUCCACCCCAAUAAGGGUAAAAGCAUGUCCAGGAAACUAUUAUGUCUAUGAGUUUGUCAGCCCAAUCAUCUGCAAUAUGGCUUACUGUACAGAUGUCAGUACAAUAACCCCAACUUCAAGUGCAGAACUUAACUUAACCACAACUACACCAACCAGCAAUGGCUUUGAUCCCUGCAAUAAGUACAUUGUUAUUGAUGAAGACUGGAGAAAUGCACUCACUACCAGUAAAGGAGGUCAUGAUGACACUCUUGUUGAAUGGAGCGGUUGGUAUCGGCUGUAUCUGCAGGGCAAAAGUGCUCAGAUCUCUGAAUGGUGCACGAGCUUCACUACAUGUGGUGGAUACACUCAGUUCUGGCUCAAUGGAUCUCAUCCACAAUUAGAAGACGGCAUCGUCACCCGAGAAAUCUAUGGAACCAACAACUAUUACAACAACUACUACUACUACUACUACUACUACUACUACAAUAACCAGUGCAGUUAUACACACAGAUCCAAACCAAUCCAAGUGAAAGCCUGCCCAGGACAUUACUAUGUCUACAAACUUGUUAGACCAGAACUGUCCAUUCCGAUGCCCUCAUACUGUACAGUUGCAUUUGACAACGUUGCUGACCCCUGCUACAACUAUGUCUCACUGGAUCAACCAUGGAGAGCCAAUAAUGAGACCGGAUUCUGGCUUUUUAACAGAGACUUCAAUUGGAACGGCUGGUACCGGCUGUUCUAUAAAGGGAUGAACAUCCGUUUGUCAGAGAGCUGCAUUCCUACAUACAGAUGUGGUGCUUAUAUCACUCUGUGGCUCAAUGGUCCUCAUCCUGAGAUAGAGGAUGGAGUGGUUAUUCGUGAGGCCUGUGGAAAUGCAGGAAGUGGCUGCUGUUCCUUGCGCCUCAACCCAAUUCGUGUUAAAGCAUGCCCAGGAAACUAUUAUGUCUAUGACCUAGUCAAUCCACCUUACAGCACAGGCUACUGUACAGAUGUGAGCACUAUAACUCCGACUACUGUUCAAACAACCACAGCUACUGAUGCAGAAUUUAACAACACUAAAACAACCACUCCAACCAACAACUUUGACCCCUGCUAUGAAUACACCAUUCUUGAGGAUGACUGGAGAAACAUAAGCUACAUCUACUGGUACUCAUACAAUAGAGGUCAUGAUGAUACUGCUGUUGAGUGGAGCGGCUGGUAUCGGCUCUUUUUUCAUGGGGAAAAUGCUCAGAUUCUAGAGGGCUGUGUAAACAACGUACAAUGUGGUGGUUACACUUCACUCUGGCUUGGUGGCUCUCAUCCACAGCCAGAGGAUGGCAUCAUCACCCAAGAAAUCCAUGCCUCCAGAAUUGAUGAAAACUACCAGUGUAAUUACCAUAGGUCAUCCAACCCAAUCCAAGUAAAAGCUUGUCCAGGUCAUUACUAUGUCUACAAACUUGUCAAGCCGGAUGUGUCACUCAUAAUGCCUACAUACUGCACAGUUGCUCUCACCCACCCAAGUUAUGAUCCCUGCUACAACUACAAUGUGCUGGAUGAUCCUAGAAGAGCUAUAAACCAAACACGCAACAGCUGGUGGUGUGACACAGACAUGAACUGGAAUGGCUGGUAUCGUCUUCUGUAUCAGGGAAGUAAUAUCCGAAUGCCAGAAUCAUGUGUUAGUCAGGGCAUGUGUGGCACUGAUGUCCCUCUCUGGCUGAAUGGUUCUCACCCACGACUGGAAGAUGGUGUGGUCACUCGGAAAAUCUGUGGAAACUGGAAUAAUGACUGCUGCUAUUUCAAGUCUUACCCCAUUCAAGUGAAAGCUUGUCCAGGAAAUUACUACGUAUAUGAGUUUUUGAGUCCAUCCAUCUGUUCAUCAGCCUACUGUGCAGAUAUCGAUAGCAUUACUCCAGUUGAUGACCCAGAGAUCCCAGAAUUUAUAGAUCCUAUGACCACUACAGUGAUGAUGGACCGCUGCAGAGAACAUACCUGCACCGAGCAUGAGCGGUGUGGGGAGAGAGAUGGCAUCUAUGGCUGCUUCUGUAAUGAAAGUCAUUCUCAAACAGGAGACGAGUCUUAUGACUCCAGAGAAACAUGUGAGAGCAGUUCUGGCACCAUGUCUCUAUCCCGCUGUCAGCUCUUUGAAGCUGGUUUCCCUGCUAACAUCUUGCACCUGAGUGACCCCAGCUGCAAUGGAACUCUCCAAAAUGGCAGACUGGUGUUCCACUUUGAUAACGAUGACCACAUCUGUGGCACAAAUCUCACGGCCAACGGUACCCACUUUGUGUAUGAGAACUCUAUCCAGGGGGUAGCAGACUCAGCAGGAGGGCCCAUCAACAGAAAGAAACAACUGGAACUACAUUUUUCUUGCAUUUAUCAGCUCAGCCAGACACUCACCAUGGACAUGGAAUUCAACCCCCUGCAGAGCAUAGUGCACAAGACCCUGCCAGAUGGUCAGGGCAUGUACCAGGUCAGCAUGAUUCCCUUUCAGGAUGCUGCCUUCUCCCAUCCUUACAAUGGCAGUGAGGACAUAGUGGUUGACCAGAGGAUCUAUGUGGAAGUCAUUGUUAAGGGAGUGGACAGCCGUCAGAUUUCCACAGUCAUAGAUGCGUGUUGGGUCACUCCUGUGAAUGACCAGAACUUUGCUGUCCGCUGGGACCUCAUCAUUAAUAAGUAA